UCUUGAAAAAAACAUUGACAAUCUUUUUGAGUAGUAGGAGGCAAGAAACAAGAAGAAGAAGAGACAGAGAGUGUUUUAUUUUUCCUUUUUCAAAAUUUAUAUAACAUAAAUCAAUAUGCCUCAUGCCUUUGACAAACUGGAAAGUAAUGAUAAACUCACUGCACAGGUUGUGAUUUGUUCCAUUAUUGCAGCCUUUGGUGGUCUUAUGUUUGGCUAUGAUAUUGGGAUUUCAGGUGGGGUGACAUCCAUGGAUGAUUUCUUGGAGAAGUUCUUCCCAAAAGUAUAUGUUAGAAAGCAUAGGGCUAAAGAAGACAACUAUUGCAAGUACGACAACCAAAUGUUGCAAUUGUUCACAUCUUCAUUGUACUUAAGUGCAAUUGUUUGUUGUUUCUUUGCCUCAAAGUGUUGUAAGAGGUAUGGAAGGAAAUUAACAAUGCAACUUGCCUCUUUGUUCUUUUUCAUUGGAGUUAUUCUCAAUGCUGCUGCAAUUGAUCUCCCUAUGCUUAUUAUUGGACGGCUAUUUCUUGGUGCUGGUGUUGGAUUUGGCAACCAGGCAGUGCCAUUAUUCAUAUCAGAAAUAGCUCCACCAAAAUACAGAGGUGGUCUCAACAUUUUGUUCCAAAUGCUCAUCACAAUUGGUAUUUUAUGUGCCAACAUUGUCAACUAUGCAACUUCAAAAAUGCACCCAAAUGGAUGGAGAGUGUCCCUUGGUGGUGCUGCAUUUCCAGCAAUAUUUCUUGGCCUAGGCUCUUUACUCAUUGUUGAAACACCAACUAGCUUAAUUGAACGUGGUCAAAUAGAACAAGGCAAACAAACUCUUAUUAAAAUUAGGGGUGUUGAUGAUGUUGAAAAAGAGUACCAAGAGAUUUUACAAGCCACUCAAUUGGCACAACAAAUCAAACACCCUUUUAAAAAUUUGAUGAAAAAAUCUAGUAGGCCACAACUUAUAUGUGGUACAAUUCUUCAAAUUUUCCAGCAGUUUACUGGCAUAAAUGUUGUCAUGUUCUAUGCUCCUGUGUUAUUUCAGACGAUGGGGUUCGGUGGAAAUGCCUCGUUGUUAUCUGCUAUUGUGACUGGUUCAGUCAAUGUGAUCUCUACGUUGGUCGCGAUACUUGGUGUUGAUAGAUUUGGAAGAAGAGGUUUACUUGUUGAAGGUUCUGUACAAAUGCUCAUUGCCCAGGUACAUCAAUAUUUUCAAUUUGAGUUUUGACUAACAAUAUACAACAACAACAACAACAACAUACCCAGUAUAAUCCACCUGGUAGGGUCUGAGAAGGGUAGAGUGUACGCAGUCCUUACCCCUAUCUUUUGACGGGUAUA